AUGGCUUCGGAUGCCAGUCGACCACCCUCGAGUUUGAGGAUCCUCUCACUCAAUUGCUGGGGCCUCAAGUUCAUCUCCAAGCUCCGCAAUGAGCGAUUGACAGAAAUCGGCGUCCAGAUCGCGGCGGCAACUCCCCAACCAGAUAUUGUCGGUCUUCAGGAGUGUUGGACACAGCAGGACUACCAUGCCAUACGCGAGAAGACACAGCAUAUACUUCCGUAUGGGAAAUUCUACCACAGCGGUAUCUUCGGUGGCGGAUUAGCGAUCUUGUCAAGAUGGCCGAUUGAAGAGAGCAACAUGGUGCGGUAUCCGCUGAAUGGACGGCCUGCUGCGUUCUACCGCGGAGACUGGUUUGUGGGCAAGGGCGUUGCAUGUGCGCGGAUACGCAUGGGACCUUCGCAAAGAGAUGUUGCAGAGGUGUUUUGCACACAUCUCCACGCUCCAUACGAAAGCGAACCGCACGACUCGUACCUUUGCCACCGCACCGCGCAAGCAUGGGAAAUAACAAAACUUAUGCGUGCAGCUGCCGAGCGUGGUCACCUGGUCAUCGGGCUCGGCGAUUUCAACAUGAUACCACUAUCCCUCGCGCAUCGUAUCAUAGAAACGCAUUCACCAGUCCGAGAUGUAUGGCGCAUACUACAUCCCGAGUCCUCGAUCGGUGCAGCAAAAGACAAGGUCGAACAGGUUCGAGGCUUGCCAAUGCCCACAGCACACUUCAACAUGACGAAAAACGGUGCCACUUGCGACAGUGAAUUGAAUUCCUGGCGGUGGAACGAAGCACACAAGAAGCGCCUCGCAAAAGGUGAGAACGUGCAGAUAGAUCCUGCCGUACCGGAUCCGUACGCGAAGCGACUUGACUAUGUCUUCUUUAGUAGCGUUAGAUCUCAUCAUGCGGAGACAGGGGAGGAGACGGCCGAGUGGGAGCUCAAGGAGGCUAAUGUUGGUAUGGCGAUGCGACAUCCCACGCUGCACUGCUCGCUCAGCGAUCACUUCUCGGUCGAAGCAACGCUGACGAGGACCCCUACUACACCAUCCGCUACCCAACUCAGCCCCUUGGCGCUGCCAGAGCGCUAUCUACCCAUCGAGAUCUACGACGAGAUUCUUGCAAAUACAAACAAGUACGAAGUCCGCGAACGGGUGCAGCGCAAGCUGCGCAUAGGGCAUUUCUUCUUCCAGCUCUCUCUCUGGACAGGAUGCCUGAUCGGCGUUUGGUGGUCGCCGCACAAUUAUGUGUCCUUCAUUCUAAUGCUGCUAAGUUCACUCGGCCUGAGCGUCGGAGUCAUUGAUGGGCUCAUGGGGCUCUUGUUCAUUGGUAGCGAGAUCAGAGCACUCAAAGAAUUCGAAUGGGAGGUUCGAAACACGAGGGAGCGAGCCCUGGCGAAAGGAGGCAAGUCGAGCGCUGAAAGCCAUCGCCGACUUGGCCAAUCUCGCACACAAUCCAACCAAACAUUCCUUUGUCGUUCGCGACUCGGCAGUUCGCGUUCGUCAAGAAUGAGCGACUCCCAGCCCCAGCCGACGGGCGGCGGCCAACAGCAGCAGCAACUGCUACGCGCCGAUGACAUCCUCAAGCUGCAGUCGCUCCCCGAUGAUGAGAAGCAAAAGUACCGCUUGAUCAUGCAGAACUUCUGGAAUAUGAUCCAGCAGCAUCCGCAAGGCAGCCCCGAGCACACCACGGCCCGCCAGAAACUAUCAGAAUGGUCGCAGAAAUUCAUUGCGCGCGAGCGUACCCAUCGCGGGAAGAUGAAGGCACAACAGCAGCAACAGCAAGCAAAUCAGGGUCAAUCUAGCCAGGGCAGCCAGGCUGGGCAACAGAUUCAGAAUCCAGUCAAGCAGGAGGCGCCGCAAGUUCUCAAUAGAGGCGCAGAAAAUGUCGCUGCGCCUGUGUCUCAGGGACAACCUCCAUCAAAUCCAGGUCAACCCCGACCGCAGAACCCGGUCGAUCCUGCAAUUCUCAAACACGUCCACGAGUUUCCCAUCCAGCUACCGCCAACUGCACCUCCCCCGGGGACACCAGAGUACGAUGUGAAGCUCAAGGAAUAUAGGAACGGCUAUCUUAAUAUGCUGGCUAAGCAGGCCUCCUAUUCUGAGAGCAGGAGGAAAAUCACCAACCAGAUACAGGAGCGACAGAAUGCCGGACAAGAAGUACCUCAGGAGUUUCUUACCAUGAGGGCCCGGGUCGAGAAGGAGCAUGCUCAAAUGAAGGACCAACUGGACAAAUUCAGAAGGCUGCAAAAGCAGUGGAAGGAUGAACGGGAGCAGAAGCAAUCGCAACAGCAACCGCAAGGGCAACAAGCCGCUCAGCAACCCCCCGCACAGCAGCCCUCCACAGCAUCGCCUCAGCAACAACAAAUACAACAACCCCCUCAGCGUCGGCCUUCACAGCCCAAUAUGCCUAUGCAACCUCCGAUUAAAGAGGAGCCCCAGAUCAAGGUGGAGGGGGGGCAAGUGCCGCAGCCACAGCCGGCACCGCAAUACAACAUGCAAGGAAACCAACAGCCACCGCUGCAGCAACAAAAUUCUCAAAUGCCACCUUCACUUUCACAACAGCAGUUGCAACAGCAACAGCAACAGCAACAGCAACAGCAACAGCAGCAGCAGGCCCGCCCGCCUCCCGCGCCUCAUUCACAAUCCAUGCCCCCCAACAACCCAGGUCUACAAUUCGCUCAGCCUGGCCAACAGCAGCAGCAGAACUUCCAGCAGCAACAACAGCGACCGCAAAUCAACCCAAUGCAAGCGAAUGCAAUGCAGCACCAGCAGAACAAUUCGCCACAUCCGCAAUCGGCAACAUCAAAUGCGCCCAACGGCCCUCCAGUCCCACUCUCUCACCAAGCCGCAGUCAGCGCUGCGAAUCGCUCCUACACCGAUCCUCAGCGCACAAACACGCCCAUGCAGCCAGGCGGUCAAGGCAAUUUUGGCAGUCGCGAGCGUGAGCAACUUAAUAAUCCCAAGAUGCCAAUCCCGCGACACCUCAACGUCACGACCCCAUCCGCCGUCCACAUGGGCCAAUCUCGCCCGACCAUGCAAGGCCCUACCAAUGGUGCGCCAGGCCCGAUGGGUCAACCUGUUAUCCCGCGGCCUCCACCUUUCCAGCUUGAGGGUGAAGGCGAUCGUGUGCUCAGCAAGCGCAAGCUUGAUGAGCUUGUCAGACAGGUUACAGGUGGCUCGGAGGAGGCGCUGACACCGGAGGUUGAAGAGUCCGUCCUCCAACUCGCAGACGACUUCGUCGACAACGUCAUUAGCAGCGCCUGCAAGCUCUCCAAGCUGCGCGAAUCACCUCAACUCGAUAUCCGCGACAUCCAAGUCAUCCUCGAGCGCAACUACAACAUCCGCAUCCCCGGUUACGCAUCCGACGAAGUGCGCACUGUGCGAAAGAUUGUGCCUGCUCCGGGCUGGGCGGCUAAGAUGAACGCUGUCAAUGCUGCCAAAGUCAUGGGUGGGAAGACGGACUUUUAA